AGCAAGUACAUCGCUGCCCAGUUUGAGAAGGAGAUAUUCGGACUGAAUGAGUAUCUGUACUCUGUCAGGGAAACCAUCAGAAAGGUGUGUGUGAAUAUGAAGAAGCGAAUGGAGAAAUCAUCUUGGACAACAGUUUGGCCCUGUCGAAUGGUCAUAAGAGUGACAACGUGAAUGCGUGCAAAUUGUAUGCCAACCUUAUGUCACCCAGCUACGUGGAGAUGAUGAAACUCAAAGCUUUUCUUGUGGUUAGACUGGUCGGAGAGAAUAUUGGACCUGAAAUACUUACACAGGUAAUCAACAAGAUGAUAUCUCUUGCUAUAAAUGUCUCCAAACAGGCAUGUACUUCCUGGAGCAGCAUGCAAAUAUCGACAAACUCUCUUCUUAACAGCGUCAGUUCCCUCUGCGGAAAAGACUUGAACGAACUCAUGAACAUGUGGGUCUUCAAAGGAGGCCAUCCGCAGUUUACUGUUUCUUUUGAUUUCAACCGGAAGCGAAAUUGCGUGGAACUGGUUAUGAAACAACACGAUGUAACCCUGGCUAAGAAAGGUCUAACUCGCUACGUGGGUCCAGUUACAGUUUCAAUUCAGGAGCUAGAUGGACCUUUUACACACUCUCUAGUUUGCGAAGAUCUGGUGUCCAAGCAUGACAUAUCGUGUCAUUCGAAGAACAGGAGGAUCAAGAAACGCAAGAUACCGAUGGCGUAUGGCGAAGAGAUUGAUAUCGACUUCAAGAAUUUAGAUCAGGACAUGCCAGUCUUGUGGCUGAGGUUCGAUCCCCAGAUGGAGCUGAUUUGUCAUGUGAAAAUGAAUAUGCCUGAUGUUCUGUGGCAGCUGAUGCUUAGGUACGAAAGAGUUGCUUUAGCGCAAUUUGAUGCAGUCGAAAACUUGAAGAAAUUCGAGAGCCCAGAAAGUCGACAAGCUCUCGUUUUCACAAUCGAACAAGUCAACUUUUUCUACCGAGUUCGAAUAGCUGCAUUCGAGUCCCUAGUUUUCAUGGCAACUAAAUGUGCGGCAACAUGGCAAGCUACUCAAAUGUUAAUUGAUAUUGGGCGUAGUAUGUUUUCAUCGGGCGCGUGCAAUGACAUAGUGCAAAGCAAUGAUUUCACGAACUUGGAAGAAUACUUCAUGCAAAAAGAGUUUAUAAAAUCUCUUGGCAAUUACAGAAACGUGCAGAAAUUCUGCCCCGAUGAAAUUGUUUCAUUUAUCUUGAGCUGGCUUAAGUUCAAUGAUAAUAGAAGAAACGCAUACUCGGAUGCAAUGUACAAGGCUAAUUUGAUUGAUGCACUCUCCGAGACAAUUUCGCCCAGCACGACCAUUGUAACUUCGCCCGAUAUGCUAACACCAGAAAUGAAGCUGAUCGUGGAAGAACUAGUCCGGUAUCUCAACAUAGACAAACUGGUCCCCUCCUACAAACUAUCGGUGACAGUCAGUUGUUUGAAAGCAAUGAGGAAUCUACAGAGGAACGGACACAUUCCAAAUGACCCCACCCUGUUCAAGAGCUACUGCAGUGAACACCAGUUUGUAGAUGUGAGACUGGCGGCGAUUGAAUCGCUGAUUGAUUUCACGAGGGACGAUGCCAACAGCUAUAUUCUGUCGUUCUUGUUGGAUAUCAUUGAAAAUGAUCGGGAUGUGUAUGUGCGACACUGUACUCUGCAGAUGUUGUGUGCCAGUCCACCCUUCAACCGAGCGGAUGCCAACCCACUUAACACGGAAAGCACCGUAGACAGAUUGUGGACCCUUGUCAAUAAAAUCGCAGUAGGAGACUCGAGAUUGAGAUGCAGUGCAAUAGAAUUCUACCAUGCUCUUUACGGCAGAGGGAGACCGUACUGUCUGCCCAAGCCACAGCUAGGUGUGGUUGUAAAUCUACGCGAGAAGAGAGCUGAUGUCACAAGAGGAGAAAUGCCACAGUUGACAGGUAUGGAUCAACAUGACCAUGACAUGGACCAGUCUAUGGAUACUUCGAUCGAGUCGCUGAAUGUAACUGUAACAAGCAGUGAGCAAUCUCAAACGACACACGGACACAGAGGUGAUUCUAGGAAUGUUUCGCUCAAUCCAUCUGCUUCUUUCAAUCCUUUUCCAACCGAAGAGGAAGAUGAGUCAGACCUAAGAAUACAAACCCUAGACGUACAUGCUUCAGGCAGAGCAGACUUAGAUGAAGACAGUCAGUUCUUCGCCACUAAUCCAAACAUCGAAAAUGUCACUGACGAGGAGUUUCUUUCCAACCGAGAGCCAAUGUACCUCCCACCUUUCUCCGCUUCCUCGAGUAGCUCGACAAAAGGAGGCAAAAAGAGGAAUAAAAAGGAAAAAGAGAAGAAACGCGGUCGCAAGAAAAAAGACGCGGACAGUGUUGCUAGUGAUAGAAAAAGUGCAAAUUUUAGACUUUCGCCACCCAGUAGUGACGAUUCUAAUGUGACCUUGUAUUACAGAGCCAUUAAAAUUUCCAAAUUGUUGGUGCUAUCUUGGUACCUAAAACCGCCACUCGGGAUCAUUAAAAUGGAUUGGUUGGAUGUAUGUUUCUUAUGCCUUUUGGGUUUUCUCCUGCUGUGGUUCUUCGAGAAACUCUGCGUGUGGGGAACUUAUUUUGUCUCUAGAGGAAAAAUUACAAUUGAUAAAAUCAAUUUGAGAGGAGUUCAUAAUGUUCAAAUUACACUCAAAUCGUUACACCUUGUUGCCAAUCAUAUCACGAUAAGUUACAGAAAGCGUACGUUUAUCUUCAUUAUCGAUGGUUUAAACAUCACUUAUCAUCCGUUAAUAGCUGCCACCUCUGUAAAGAAAUUGAAAGCAGGGUCCAAAAACCCACAAGAAUUGCGCAAUGUUUAUUUACCUUCAGCUUUGUAUUAUAUUUUCAAAUUCAUUCAGUUCGAAAUUACUAAUAUUAAAAUAUCACAUAUUGCUCGCUCAAUUACUGUUAAUCUGCAACAUGUCAUUUUGAGAGAAGAGAAAAAUGAAAGUCCCCCCAACAAUUGGUUUAAAAUUGUGUUCACAAUUCGAUCGAUUAGAAUCUCGAAAAUCGUGGCUGCAUGUUCGGAUCCUACAAACGUUUUCACGUGUUUCGAAUUGUCCCUUUUGUCAAUUUUUGACAAGGAGUGCUUCUCAUUUUCCACGAAAUAUAAAUUAUCUUCAAUGAAUUUUGAUAUCAAGGAGCCUUUAAUUAGUCUAAAUAGUAUCUUAAAUGUCAAAAGCGAAGCUUCAUUGUAUAACUCCAAUGGCUUGAAGCCCAAAUUUAAACUCUCACCAGAAUUGUUAAUCGCAUUUUUUCAUCAUAACUUUAUCAGACAAUUGUGUAAGACGUCAAAACUGCCCCCUGUUGUUACCUUUAACAUUCAUUGCUUCAAAUUGGAAGAUAUUUUCCCAGAUAUUGAAAGUUCUCUCUGUACGUUCUCGUACAUGCAAGCAACGGUUACUAUUAUUGACAAGCAAACUAUCCACUGCAACUGUGUAAUUCCACAGUUUGAGUGCCAUUUUGUGGAGAAAAGCGUGAGCACGUUGCUAAUUCAGAGUUUCAAUUUGAUCUUAGACUUGAAACCGCGUUCAGUGUCGGCACGACUUGGUUUCGCGGAAUUAGACUCGCAACUCCAUAUACACCCGGACGAAGAUUCGAUUCCACUUAUAGACUUAAUCCCGGUUUCUCUCGAGUGUUCGCACUCAAUGGAAGUUUCAGCUGAAAUUUCUAUUUCAGAAAAGAGUUAUACCUUGUUAGAUCCUUGUAAUAAAUAUUCGAAGCAAGAGUUCCAGAAUCUGGACUUAGAUACGAAAUUAAGUUUUGAAGGGUUCAUAAGUGACUUCAAUGUUACUACUUACGGUUCGUCGGAGAGUUCGCCCCAUUUUUGCCUUAAAGAGUUUCGAUUUUUACUCAAUGGGGGUGGUUUUCAUUUCACUUACUGUUUGUACAUCGAUGUGAUCAAAAUAUGCAGUGCUCCGUUUGUCAUCGACGCUUUCGUUCAAAGUGUGAAACGACUCAUCCCUCGGAAGAGAUCGGCCUCCAAUGUGAGUUUGAUGCGAAAUGGAUCUUUUAAAGGCGCUGGAGAUGAAGAACAAACAAAGGCUGAAUCCGAAAAAUCUGACUCUCACAGAAAGCUGAAAUUCGAUAAUGAAAUAACGUCGAUUAAUGUAAUGAAGUGUAUGUUUUUGUCUGACCCAGAUCCUGGGAUUAGGAAAGUUCAUAAGGUAUCUUUAACAAUUACAGAAAUUUCUAGAGGUUUCGUGGACUUCGCUGAGUUUAAAUUUGCAAAUCUUUGCUUGUCCGUUCAUCAUGACGAUCGUGUUGUGAAUUUGGCGAAUGUGUAUCAUUUUUCGCUAAAGGAAAUUGCAUGUCCAUGGAAAUCAAUCGAUGUGAAGCUGCGAAAUUUUAAUUCAGAAUGGGAACCGAGCUCUCAUAUGACAGUAUACACCAUGGUCAAAUGUUACGCAUCCCUGAAAAACUCUUUGAAAAGAUCGCCCAGUAAAGUAUACAAAAACAAACAAAAGCAAGAAACUGGAUCACGUGAACAACUUGUAGCGUGGAAAGUUGACUCCAAAAUGAGAAAAUUGCCACUGAUUUCGGUGACAUGUAAGACGUUUGGAAUACACGCGAAGACUUUGGAUCCAAGUGAAGAACAAAUAGUCGGAGAGUCUUUUUCGAAUACUUUUGAGCUGACGGCGCUGCAAUUUUCAGUCUCACCCUCAUCUUUGUGUAUAAAAUGUUCAUCGUUUAACGUUUUUUGCGAUACAAAUAAGAUCCGAAAUUUGAAAUCAAAGUCGAAUUUGCUGAACACAAUGGAUCCGAAAACUCAUGUCGAUAAAGUGCAAACGUCUCAGGUAGAUCCGAUUUUCACGUUUUCCGAGUUCUUUCUCCAGUAUUCUACAAUUUCGUCCGCUUCUACCGUUGAUAGAGAAAAAUUUAGUCUGUCAACUAAAAACCAUGUCAUUACCCUAGACGUUGACGAAUGCCAAAUAAAGUUUCCGAGUGGAUAUGUUUUUCAUAAAAACUUCUCGCAGCUAACAUUGGCUCGAAAAUGGUUGAAAGCAUUACAUUAUCCGUCAUCAAGCAGUAACCCGACUUCUAGCAAUGAGUCACCGGUAAACGGUCCAGUCAACUCGGAGUCCAACCCUCCUAUUAAAGGUAAAUCAAAGUUCGUGUGGCCAGACUUCAAUUUUACCUUGAAGUCGUUCAAGAUGUCAAUCGAUGAUAGUGUAUUCGAGAAACGCCUCAGUGAAAAUUACAGGUUGCUUCUUGAUGAACAAAUCGAACAAAUGGAUCGAAUGUCAUAUUUCGAAAAGCGUUGGCAAGAGGCUUGUCUAAGUAACCCCCCGGAGUUAUGCACAGAUGAGGUGUAUGAAAUGAAAAAGCAACAGUUGCUUGAAAUGAACAGCAAGUGUUACAUCGAUAGAUGGAAAAGUUCACGUGAUUAUUUCAAAGGAGAUCAAAACUUGGUUUGUAUGACCAUGAAAAACUGGCAGAUACUAUGCUUCGCCGACGAAGAAAUGACAGGGCGUGAUAACAUUAUACGACACAUGAACGAGUUAGACGGAACGACGACAGUUCCUGAAAGCAUCCAAUUUAGUGCCCAAGCUUGUCGAUUAGUUUCAGUCAGCUCAGAUUUGUUUGAAAUAAAAAUCCGAGACUACCCAGAUCCAAUGUAUACAGUUGCAAAUGGAAACAUUUCGGGAAAAUUUUUAGUAGCUAUUCCGCGACCCGAAAAUUCAUUUUCUUUCACAGACUAUUCCCUUGGUAAUCAAUUUGAAGCAGCUAGGUUGAAGAGAAAUCCUGGAAGUCAGAAAUGGUUUCAUAACCUCACCAUGACCUCUGAUGCAGUGACCUUUAAUUGGGGUCAAAAUCGUGAUCCGGGUUGGAAUGAAGUUAGCCAUGGAAUGUCUUUGAUCAACAAACCCUCCGCUGAUCCGAGCCCAUCAUUGCCUUUUUGGGACAAAGCACGCCUUAAAUGCCAAGGAAAAUUCCAUUGUUAUUACAAGUCACUUGAAAUUACGUGGCUGUGUACGUUAGACCCUUACAAACAGUCGGAGAAACUAAGACUCCUGUGGAACAACGUAUGUUACGACUGGGUUCCGAAUAAUCAGAUUUUAUCAGGAGAUCUGAAAGUGGUUAUUCAAACGUGCAGCAAGGCGCCAUUAACCUUUAUACAUGCACCUAGAACCAAGAUGUCAUGGAACUUUGUGUAUCAUUGUUUGGGGAACCCGUAUGCCCAUCAUGCUGUUAUGUUCAAGCCUCAAAAUAUUUACUUAGAUGACUACGACACCUACUCAAGAUUCAGAUCACAGAGCUUUGAUGUUACCUUCUCAAUUUCAAUUCGACCCUCUACUGGAGGUGAGCCAAUGACUGCAGUGAAUGAUGAAGCGCUGUUGACGAGUGACUUGCCUUCAGGCACUGCCAAAAUUGACAUGUUCAGCUCAACUUUCAACUGGUGCCACCAAUUUGGAAAGCUUUUGGGGACGACUGGCCGUCCCAUUAAAAGAGGAGCAUACUACAAAAAUGUCAGAACCAAAAAGAAAGCCUCUCUGAUGCGACAUUUCCGUAACCUAGUGACCAAGUUCGACACUCCUGCCAUCACCUACAAUUACAGGGUGAGCGAAAAGCGAAACAGAGGAGUGACGUGUUACUUCUCGAGUGAUUCACGAUUGAAAACAGAGCAAAGUUUGUAUCUGGAACCUCACAAUGACAGACUAAUCAGACGACCGGCAACACGAUGGGUCACGAGGUCGUUGAUAUUUGACCUCAACAAUGUCUACAUCUUCGUCAUAUCUGAUAACUCAGAGACAGAAGAUCAGUCAUCAUUGAUGGAUAUUUAUAUCAGGGAUAAACGUAACACUGAGCCGCCGCGUAAGCUCCAUUUCAUGUCAAUUCAGAGCUUGUCGUACCAGAAAACGGAAAUCACGCCGAAUACAGUUCGCUCCAGUAAUGACUCGGUUGCAGAAGAAAUCGUGUACUUGACGCCCAUGCAUUCUUUGACAGCAUCAGGCGUGCAUGCUACUUGGAGCAGACGGAACCGGGCGAUUAUAAUGCGACUUUACGACCAGUACUCUUUCAACAAAAGUUUGAGGCAGAAUUUGUCAUCAGAUGCUUUGAAGCCAAUUGUAGUUGUAAACACCGAAGACCCGAAAUCCAAAUGGGACAGGCGGAAGAGUGUAUUGCAGCAUCCGAUUCACAAAAUAUCCUCAAUAGGAACCAGUUCAGAAGAGCUUGAUAAUUCUGAAGCAUCCAUAACCGCAUCGACGCCAUGUAAACAGCAAAAUCCGUUCGCAGAUCCUUUGUACGAGAUCCUCGUGAAAGAUAUUGACAGCAAACGGUUCUUCGGGUUUAAUGAAGAGAAAUAUAUACCCGAAGAUGACGAGGAUGACAAGAUUUCACUGUCAGAUGUCAAUCAACAUAGCUUAAAAGUAGCGAUAUCCGACAUGCAAUUGAAGCUUCUCGGUUUCGACACCCCAGGUCUGGUAAUAGUGACAGCUUCCGACGCCCAAAUUGACAGGUAUCAGCACGAGUCCAUUUGGUAUGAAGACAAACUAUACAGUAAGAACUCGCUGAUUGUUUCUCUUAAUGAUAUGCAGUAUUUUUCCACAUUGAGUUAUAACGACUUAGUAGCUUGCGAAGAAAACGACGAAACGGUAUCGUGGUUGCCUUUGACUGUUGUGAACAUUGAGUCGCAGAAUCUUUCGAAAUCAAUGGACGAACAGUCAUUCCAAGAGGAAGUCUUGACAGAGGCAAUAGGUGCUCUUGUGUCAUCUUGUGGAUCUUAUCGGCUCCAGAGAAUCAUUAGCAGAUGUUGCUGUAAUGUCUCUUUAGUAACUGUUAACUCACUCUCAGAAAACGAAAAUAUGCCUAUAUACAAUGUGCCUUCAAAACAACAAGUGUCCAAAAAAGCGCCAGUUUCGUUAUUCAGACUUCAUCAUAAUGAUCUAUGCAUUAGCACUAACUCGUUUCAGUACAGCUUAGUGCUUGACAUAGUGAAUAACUUAAUUUUAUACCAAGAAAAAUCGAAGAAGAUUUCAAUUGAAAAUCUUAAAAUUUUGAGACUUUCAAUGCAAGUUAGAGAGUUCGCCGAAUUGAAGCUGGCAAUUAUAAAUAUUCAGAAACAUUUGAGAGAAGGGAAUUUUGCUCUGAAAACAUUGAAACGCGAUAGAGCAGCGGUCGAAGGUAAAUUGCAGUCACUUCAAAAUUUAGUAGCUUCAAAGUUAGGUUCGGAAAUCGACUCGGAAGGCUCACAAAGAAUCGAAGAAGAAAUUACUCAUUGGAGAAAAUACGCUUUCGCUCAAGAAGAAUCAGUUGAAUCUAAGAAAAAAGAAUUAGAAGCUUCAGCUCAGAGAUUACAGUUAGCGCUGACCUGUUACAAAGAAUUGCAGCUUAAGAGUAAAAUCCAACUACCAUCAAAUGAUGAAAAACCAGCUGCUGCGAACAAAAAGGAAAUCAUAUUCGCCAAAGCGAAGUGGAGCUUAACUGAAGUUGAUGGUCAAAUAGGUUUCGCCGAUGUUUGCCUGACAAACUUCAAGUAUACAAAAAUUGCGAGCAGUGAUGACAGCCUGGAUCACCGUGUCGCUUUAGAAGAUGUCGAAGUUAAAAAUCUAAUCAAUAACGACCAUUUUGUGGACAUUUUACAAACUCAUGAAAAGAAUGCUAGAAAUAUGGCAAGUAGUAGUAGCGAAUCUUCUAUUCAAAACGAAGGUGAUGAGCUGAGCCCGGACAAUGACAGAGGGAUGAUUCUAGUUGUCCAGAUGAGAGAAAAGCCAGCUGUCGGCGGAAUCCAAAUCCGCGAACUACUGGAUAUAAAAAUUGCGACAUUAAAUAUUCACUUGACAGAAGCGUUUUGGAAGACUAUGAAGCAGUUUUUGUUCCCGGUGGAAUCGAAGCGAAAACAGGAGGAGGAAGAAUUGCAUCAGAUGAGGCUCUUGACGACUGCUUUGCCACACGACAAGGCAGGAAGCAAGUUGACCUUGCAUAAGUCGGGAAGCAGUUCAUACUCGUUGAGUUCGGCACUGGCUUCGAAGAACAAGAAAAAGAAGGUUAAAAAAGAAGCGAAAGACAGGGACUUUGAGAAGUUAUACAGCAGUCACGCAGGCCAUGAGUCAAUAGAUUUAGCUUUUGAAAGAGCGGCGAGGAAUUGUUUGUUUGUGGUGAUUCGCAUCCGGGAGGUACCUAUCUAUGUGACUUACAGAGGCGACAAGAAAAAGAACAUAGAAGACAUUCACAACAUGCACAUCGUGUUGCCUCGAGUGGAGAUACAUAACAUGACUAUGACCUGGAGAGAUCUGCUCAACCAUGUGAGGCGUGAAGUGACGAAGACCAUUGUAAAAGGUUGGAUGCAAGAGAAGCUUCGCCUCGGUGCGUACAGAAAUAGCAAGAUGUUGACAGAUGAAGAUCAAGCGGCUCUAAUGAUAGACAAGGAGAAGCUGCGCAAGCUGAAUGAACAGCAUCUAAACAAGUCAAAAUAAUUGCCAUAAAACCUCGGGGCUUGAUAGUUCUGCUAUCAUUUUAGAAUUAGAGAGGAUAAUAUAUUAGAUGCGGAUCACAAAAUAAACCCUGAAUAAUUUUGUAAUUAGUUUUUAAACCAAUUCUGAUCAAUAAUUUUGUUUCGGUAUUUUAUAGAUAAUUCGUUCAAAAGAAAAUUAUGUUUUGUUAGCUAUUUAAGUUGAUUUGUAGAGUAGAAAUGAUUUAUAGACUUAAUUUUUGAGCUUGUAAACUCGAUUCAUUUAUGACACGCUGAACUGUUUUGCAAUUGAAUUUUAGAGUGUCAAAAACUCUAAUUUAAAUCUCUAAUUUUAGUCCGACCACGUAGUGGGGAGGAAUUUUGUAUUCAGUUGUAUUUUCUGCGCAGGUAUAUCAGGAAAUUUUUCAAAUAUAUGUUUUUGAAAAAUUUCACAAUUAGUUUCCAAUAUUUUAAGUUUAAAUGAACGUUGUGG